AUGGCGCCGGCCGUGUUUCGGCUUGCUGUUGCUGGCCCAAGCCAAACGACGGGGCGGCUGGCAACGAUGCGGGAGCGAUCCUCCAGAGGUCGGCCUCAGACCGUGGCGUCCCGUCCACCGGCGGGAUUCAGUUUCCUGUAUGUCAAUCGCUGCUUCAGAUCGAAGUCUUGCACUCAGUGCCUGUGCAGCAUGCUGGGCCGUAAACUCUUGCUUGGAGUCCUGGCACUCUGGGAUGGUGAUCAAAGCCUUGGAAACAGCGAUGUCCAGGACAACGGGAGCCAAGUGAACGUGCGCAAUGGCCACAUCAAGCGAAUCACCGACAAUGACAUCCAGUCGCUGGUGCUGGAGAUCGAAGGAACUAAUGUCAGUACCACGUACAUCACGUGCCCUGCUGACCCAAAGAAGACCCUGGGCAUCAAACUACCUUUCCUAGUGAUGAUCAUCAAGAACCUGAAGAAAUACUUCACUUUUGAAGUGCAGGUGCUGGAUGAUAAGAACGUACGCCGACGUUUCCGGGCAAGUAACUACCAGAGCACGACUCGAGUGAAGCCCUUCAUCUGCACCAUGCCCAUGCGGCUGGACGAUGGCUGGAACCAAAUCCAGUUCAACCUGUCGGACUUCACACGCCGGGCUUACGGGACAAAUUACAUUGAGACCCUGAGAGUUCAGAUCCAUGCCAACUGUCGCAUCCGACGGGUGUACUUCUCUGACCGGCUCUACUCAGAGGAUGAGCUCCCAGCAGAGUUCAAGCUAUAUUUGCCUGUCCAGAACAAGGCCAAGCAAUAACACCACGUUGGGAAGAGAUGCGGGAAAUACUUGGGGUCAAUAGGAAAACAAAAGCAGGUAGAAGAGAAGGCCCUGCUGAGACCAAGUUUUAGAUCAGCUCACCUUGCCUAGGGUAACUUUGAUUCAUCUGGUAUUCCUCUUCUGGACAGGACACAAUUAACCUUGUAACAGGUCUGAGACUAUGUUGUUGGUGCGUGAGUUGUACAGAAUCAGAGUUUUCCUACCUGCUCCUAAAGUGCUGAGCCUAAACACUGCAAGUGGCCUGGUACCUGAUCUUGUGUUGCACAGAGAGGUUGCUCAAAGUGGCCCCUGUGCCUCCGAAGAGGGGAUUCAGCAGGGAUUAUGGGGUUAAGUGUGCCCUCUUGAAGACACCAGUUUUAUUUUUUCUUUCCUUGUUUUCCAUCUCAUUUUAUAUAUGCUCUAAAUAUGGAUGUAAUACUCACUCUUGGAAAGCUAUUAAACAUUUGACU